AUGGAAUGUCCAUUGGUCGGCUUGGGCACAUGGCAGGGCCAGUACGGCACCGAGGCCGCGCAGCAACUUGAAGAGAGCAUCAUCCAUGCACUGCACCACGGGUACCGACUGAUCGAUACGGCGCAAUACUACGGCGUGGAAAAGGUCGUGGGCGCGGCGAUCCGCAAGUCGGGGGUGCCGCGGUCGUCCAUCAUCGUCAUCACCAAGUUCUGGUCGCACUGGCACCACGACCCGGCCGCAGCGCUGCGCCAGUCCCUCGCCGACCUGGACAUCGAUUACAUCGACAUCUUCAUGAUGCACUGGCCGACCCUCAUGCGCAAGGAGGGCGUCCCGGAGCCGUGGGGCGCGAAGCCCGAUUUCAUCGACACGUGGACCAUGAUGGAAGACCUUGUCUUGGAUGAGUCACUGGGCCUGAAGGACAAGGUCAGGGGCUUGGGGGUCAGCAAUUUCACCCGGAAGCUGCUCGAGCCGCUGUUGGAACGAUGUAGGCUUAAACCCCUAGUCAAUGAGGUCGAGCUGCAUGCUAUGAAUCCGAAUCUCAAGCUGGUGCCGUGGUGUCAAGAGCACGGAAUCCAAGUCAUCAGUUGGAGUACACUCGGAUCCGAACGACUCAAUGAACGGAAUCAGAUCCUAACCCAUCCGCUCUUCACAAACAUUGCUGCCAAACACUCAUGCUCCGUCGGCGUGGUCUCCCUGUCCUGGGCCGUACAGCGGGGUGUCAUUGUCAUCCCGAAAUCGUCAUCGCUCAAACGCAUCGAGGACAACAUCAAGCUCGUAGAGCUGAGCGAGGAAGAAAUGGAAGAGAUCAAUGGCGCAGAGAAAACGGUGGGCCGCAUGAGGCUGAGUGAUACAAUUCCAGGGAUUCAGUACAAGAUGCCGGAUGGGCGGGACACUAUCCUGGGAUGGACAAAAGCAGAGUUUGGAUGGGAGGAUGAGAAGGGCGAGUGGUUGUGCUGA